AUGCCUCCUGCCAUCUCUGACGACGAGGACGAAAGAUCCGAUUUUCUGUCUGACGACGAGACCCUGCCCCCGAAGAAGCCCGCAACCAAGAGAGUCGCCGCCAAACCCAAGCCUGAACCCAAGAAAGAAUAUGUUGACGGAGAAUCGCACAAUGUCAAAGAAGACGACGACGAUGAUGAUGACGAAGACGACGCCGAUGAAUAUGUUGUCGAGAAGAUCCUGAACCACGCAUGGGAUAAUGGCAAAACCUGUCUCUACGAAGUCAAGUGGCUCGGCUACGAAGCCGCCGAAGACCGAACUUGGGAGCCCGAAGACAACCUGCGAGUAGUCAAUACAACAGCGUCCGGUGCUAUGGAUGUCCUCAACGCGUAUUGGGACAAGAUUGGCGGCAAGCCUCAGGCCAAACCCAAGACUCCCGCUAAGAAGGGUACUAAGAGAAAGUCAUUGGCACAACACACACCUGAAGCCGAUGCCACAUCUACCACCAAGAGACGUGGAAGAAAGUCGAUCAAGACAGCCGACGAGCUAGAAGACGAAAAGACGCAUGCUCUGCCCGAGGGCUCUUGGGAAGACCACGUAGAGCAGAUCGAGUCCGUCGAGGAGAACGCGGGCGGCCUGUUAUUCUUCGUAAAGUGGGUGAACGGCCACAGGACCCAGCACUCAUCGCAGCAAUGCAGGCAGAAAUGUCCCCAGAAGCUCAUCGAUUAUUACGAAUCGAAACUGUACGCCAAAUCCUCCAAACCCGUUCGCCGAAGACGUUCGACUAACAAGGCCUAG